CUUCUAUCUCCGGGGCUCGUGCCCGGGGUCGCCAAGGGUGUUUCGUGCUGAAGGGGGAGAUGGAGUUAUGCGUUAGUCUUGGGUCGGAAAGUGGAGUACUCAGGGCCGUACCCCAGAGUCUCCAUUCUCGCUCGCUCGGCUUUCCGCAGUCCAUCCGAGCAGGGCGGGAGGCGGCGGCGGCGGGGCGACGGUGACGCUAUCACCGGGCGACGGCUGGUGGGCGUGACAUCACCGCUGGGCGACGCUUGGUGACCUCUCGGCGUGCGGCGAUGCUGCAGCUGGUCCGCGCCGGGGCGCGGGCCUGCCUGCGGCCUCCGGGCUGCCGGGGCCUGACCGUGCGGACGGAAGAGGCGGUGCGGCCGGCGCAGAGGUCCGAGCCGGUGGCGAGCUCGGGGCUGCAGGCGCCGGUGCUGCGCCAGUGCGAGUUUCCGGUCCCUGCGCACCGGCGUCCGGUGCAGGCCUGGAUCGAAUCUCUCCGGGGCUAUGAUCAGGAGCGCGUGGGCUUGGCCGAGCUGCACCCCGACGUUUUCUCCGUGGCGCCCAGGCUGGAUGUCCUGCACCAGGUGGCCAUCUGGCAGAAGAACUUCAAGAGAAUUAGCUAUGCGAAGACCAAGACCCGGGCGGAGGUGCGGGGUGGAGGCCGGAAGCCCUGGCAGCAGAAGGGCAGCGGGCGGGCCCGACACGGCAGCAUUCGCUCCCCCAUCUGGCGAGGAGGGGGCGUGGCCCACGGCCCACGAGGCCCCACCAGCUACUAUUACAUGCUGCCCAUGAAGGUGCGCGUGCAAGGCCUCACCGUGGCGCUGACGGUCAAGCUGGCCCAGGACAGCUUGCACAUCGUGGACUCCCUGGAGCUGCCCACAGCAGACCCCCAGUACCUGACGGAGCUGGCGCGCUACCGCCGCUGGGGAGACUCUGUACUCCUGGUAGACUUAGAGUAUGAGGACACGCCGCAGAACAUGGUGGAGGCCGCCUCAGCCCUCAAGACCUUCACACUGGUACCCGCAGUCGGCCUGAAUGUGCACAGCUUGCUGAAGCACCAGACGCUGGUCCUGACGCUGCCCGCGCUGGCGCUCCUGGAGCAGCAGCUGCUGUGGCAGGGGUCGCGCUACACCCCGCUCUACCCCUUCCGACUGCCCUACCGCGACUUCCCCCUUGGGCCCCCAGGGGACCCGCAGGCCAGUGGCCCUUAGACCCCUAUCCUGGAGCCUGGCUUUGCUCCAGCACCCCAGGAUGUGUCUCAGCACAGCCUAGGCCCCGGGGGCUCCAUCCCCCCCAUCCUGCCACCAGCGGGGACCACCCCCCCACACCCUCAGGCAGGCAGGGUGUGCUCACUCAAGGCCCAUCUCCCUGCUGUUCCUGAGAGAGUCGGCCUCCGGGCUAGCCCUGCUGGGGCUGAUGAGGUUCCGAGCACCGGAAGGCAGGCUAGGAAAGUGCGAAUAAACAUGUUUUUAAGAAAAACAAAAAACUAGGGCUGAAGCAAUCGUAUAGGGGGGAGGGCGCUCGCCUUGUAUGUGUUGGACCUGGGUUUGAUCCCGGACAUCCCUUAGGAUCCCCGGAGCACCACUGGAUGUAGCCCCUAAACCAAAAAAAAAUACA